AGCCUGAUGUGGGGAGGCUGCAAGGCCCUCAGCUGUGUGACGUGGGUCUCUUCUCCUCCGGCUCCCGGAGAUGCAGGUGGCCUUGGAGAGCAGGCAGCAGGUACCCAAAGCCCACAGCUGUAGCCCCACCAGCCCACUCCGGCUGCCCGCCGUGGCCUAGCUCGUUCAGCCGCGGGAGGCUUUCCUGGGUGCUCCCACCCCCCCCCGCUGGAAGAUGGGGGCUGCUUAACCGGCCAGGAUCCACCAUCUCCUACGCCUUCUCUCUGCACCCCCCACCCCUCCCGGUGGUGGGUUCCUGGCACUGCCGUGAUGGAUGACGCCUCAACCCUGGAUUAUGAAGUGCUGUCUCCCAGGCAGGCGGAGUCCGUUCCCGGGGCCCCGGGCAUGGACGCAGAGCAGAAAACCGUCUUUGCCUUCGUCAUUUUUCUCCUCAUCUUCCUCGUGAUGCUCAUGGUGCGAUGCUUCCGGAUCUUGCUGGACCCUUACAGCCGCAUGCCGGCCUCGUCCUGGACUGACCACAAGGAGGGUCUGGAGCGCGGCCAAUUCGACUAUGCUCUGGUUUAGCUGGGGCCCCGGGGCCCUGGGCAGGGGCCCUUCCCCUUGAGCUGCUGCUGCUCCUGCCAAGGAAAGGGGCCGAGUUUGGGGCCGUCUGCCCCGCUGUGUUUCUCUGUGAGGUGUCUGUUUUGGGGGGGACGGCGCGGGAUUCCCCCCAAUCUUUGCUGUGGCUUUUCGGUGUUUCUUUGUGUCGUAGAG